AUGUCGACCAAACAACCUCAGACCCCAUCUCCAGCACAAUCUUCCGCAGCAUUACAGUCAUCUUUCCAAACUCUUUUAGACAACUAUCAAACGACCAUACCAGCCCGAGUGAAACUUAUCGACUCGUUCCUGCUGUUCAUCUUCAUGAGUGGGGUAUUGCAAUUCGCAUACAGGGUGUUGGUUACUAGUUACCCCUUUUACGCUUUUGCAGGAGGCUUCGGAUCGACAGUAGGUCAAUUUGUGUUGUUAGCUGGUCUGAGAGCACAGGUGGCUCCAGGACGGGAUGGGGAAUUCAAAGAGGUAUCUCAAGAGAGGGCAUUCGCAGACUUCUGCGCAGCAUCGGUCAUCCUCCAUCUAUUCGCUUUCAACUUCUUGGGCUAA